AUGUCAUCGGCAGAAAUCAACCAAAUCACUGAACAGGCCGAAAAGCUGUCUGUUGCCGACCCAGCAGCUGCUGAAACCCCAGCCACCACCGCCGAGGAAUCAUCAACCGCUGAAUCAACUCAGAACUCGGAGACCCUCGCUUCCCUCUACGUGGGAGAGUUGGACCCAUCCGUCACCGAGUCCGACUUGUUCGAGGUCUUCUCGCCUAUCGGACAGGUCUCCACCAUCAGAGUCUGCAGAGAUGCCGUCUCCAAGCAAUCCCUCGGUUACGCUUAUGUCAACUUCCAGAGCCACGCCGACGGUGAGAAGGCUUUGGAGGAGCUGAACUACACCCCAAUCAAGGGCAAGGCCUGCAGAAUCAUGUGGUCCCAAAGAGAUCCUUCUCUCAGAAGAAACGGUUCGGGAAACAUCUUCAUCAAGAACCUGCACCCUGCCAUCGACAACAAGACCUUGCACGACACCUUCUCUGCCUUUGGUAAGAUCUUGUCUUGUAAGAUCGCCACCGACGAGAACGGAAACUCCAAGGGUUUUGGGUUCGUCCACUACGAGGAGUCGGAGUCUGCCAAGGCUGCCAUUGAGAACGUCAACGGUAUGCUUUUGAACGACCACGAAGUGUACGUCGGUCCUCAUCUUGCCAAGAAGGACAGACAGUCGAAGAUGCGCGAGCUAAUCGCCAACUUCACCAACGUCUACGUCAAGAACAUCAACCUGAACUGGGACGAGGACAAGCUGAGGGAGACUUUCAGCCCAUUCGGUACCAUCAGCUCGAUUUUCCUGAGCAAGGACGAGUCUGGAAAGUCCAGAGGUUUCGGUUUCGUCAACUUCGAGAAGCACGAGGAUGCUGUCAAGGCUGUUGAGGAGCUGAACAACAAGGAAUAUGACGGCCAAAAACUCUACGUUGGAAGAGCGCAGAAGAAGAGCGAGAGAAUGGAGUCUCUGAAGCACCAGUACGAGGCUGCCAGACAGGAGCAACUGAACAAAUACCAGGGCUACAACCUGUUUGUCAAGAACCUGGACGACUCCAUUGACGACGCCAAACUGGAGGAGGAGUUCAAGCCAUACGGUACCAUCACUUCUGCCAAGGUGAUGCUUGACGAUGCCGGCAAGUCCAAGGGUUUCGGAUUUGUCUGCUACAGCUCUCCAGAAGAGGCUACCAAGGCCAUCACCGAGAUGCACCAGAGAAUGGUGGCCGGAAAGCCACUGUAUGUUGCUCUUGCCCAGAGAAAGGAGGUGAGAAGAUCCCAGCUUUCCCAGCAGAUCCAGGCCAGAAACCAGAUGAGAAUGCAACAGGCUGCUGCCCAGGGCGGCAUGGGUCAAUUUGUUGCACCUAUGUUCUACGGCCAGAACCCAGGCUUCCUUCCGCCGGGAGCCAGGGGCGCUCCGUUUGCUGCUCCAGGCCAGCAGAUGAUGAUGCAACAGGGCAUGCCAAGACCUGGCCAGGGUGUUCCAGUGAGUCCAGGUCAGUUCAGAGUGGGCCCUAACGGACAGCCUGUGCCAAUGUACAUGCAACCAGUCUUCAACGAGUACCCACAGAACGGCAGACUGCCUCAACAAAGAUACUAUCAAGGCGGAAGACCAGGCCAGCAGCCUCCUCAAGUGGGACCAAGAGGCAAGCGCGAGGACGGUGCUGCUCCAUCGUUGGCCCAGGUUCUUCCCCAGUUCCCUCCCGAGCAGCAGAAGAGAAUGCUUGGUGAGGAGCUCUACCCACUUAUCGUCGCCACUGGUAAGGCUCAGGACCCAGAGGCUGCUGGUAAGAUCACCGGUAUGAUGUUGGAGAUGGACAACCAACAAAUCCUGGCUCUGUUGGAGGACAGAGACUUGUUCAACAGCCAAUUCGAGGAGGCGCUGUCUGCCUACGAGGAGUACAAGAACAAGGAAGCCAGUGCCUGA